AUCAUCGAUGCCACAGCACACAUCUUCCGUUGAUCGUCGCACAAACACAGCCAGCAAUCAUGAAAUUCCUGAUCAUCGCCGUUGCCUUCCUGGCCUGCGCCUUUGCCGAUGUCUCGGAGCUGUCCGGAUACGAUUACCAGCAGCCGGAGCUGCCCGCCCCCGCUCCAGUGGAGACCUACAUCCCCCCCGCACCGCCAGCACCGGCGCCCGUUGAGAGCUACAUUCCCCCCGCACCGCCAGCACCCGAGUACAUCCCACCCGCACCCGUCCAGGCCGAGCAGUCCGUGAUCGAGGAGAUCGAGCAGCCCGCCCAGGACGGAUACCGCUACAAGACCGUGCGCCGUCGCGUCUUCCGCCACCGCGCCUAA